UUUUGACACCAUAUGAUUUAUCUAUGGCAUAUGAUAAAACCAAAAAAGCCAUUAAACAAUUCUUUUUAAUUUUACAUAAGUAGAAAUUGUUUUGCACGUUUCGGUUUAUUAUUCAAUAGUAUUCGAAAUACAUUUUACGAAAUGUCUAUAUUAAACGAAACUAAUGACGUAUAUUCUCCAAACUUCGACGGAGCCUCAAGUUUGCCAAGUGGUUAUAAAGCUUUUUCGUCUCCUUAUUUGAAUUAUGAUCCGGGUUAUAUUCCUACAAGUCAGCCAGAAUUUAUAUUUUUGGACGGAGGCAGUAAACAGCGAGGUAGAUUUGAAUUAGCUUUUGGUCAGAUCGGAGGUUCUUGUAUGUUAGGCGCUGCAGUUGGCGGUGCAACAGGUUUCUUCAACGGUCUCAAAGCGACAACAUUAGCAGGAGAAACAGGGAAACUAAGAAGAACACAAAUGUUAAAUCAUAUUAUGAAAAAGGGCAGUGCCACAGCCAACACAUUAGGAUCAAUAGCAGUAAUUUAUUCUGCUUUUGGUGUCUUUUUAUCAUGGGCAAGAGGAGCAGAUGAUGAUUUGAAUACUAUUGUUGCUGCCACAGCUACAGGUUGUCUGUAUAAGUCUACAGCUGGUCUUCGGAAAUGUGGUAUAGGUGGUGCAGUAGGACUAGGAUUAUCUUGCCUUUAUGCCUUGUGGAAUUCAAGGGACAAAUUAUCUGACUUGAGAUCAUAUAAUCCUGCAUAGGGACUUAAUUAACGUGAUAGGUAGACAGUCUACUUUUUAGGAUAAAAUAAAUAAAUUUCUUCUAAAUUAUUUUUCUCACAUGUAGAAUUCUUAAUUGCUAUAUUAUCUAACUACAUGAAUUUUAAAAAAGUUAAUAAAAGCUCUCCAGUACCAAUUUUUUGCUCACUGUAAGAGUGUCUUAAGAUUUUAAAUAAGAGUGCAAGUACAAAAGGAAUAAUAUAAUGUAUGCCAAAUUUAAGUGGUCGUUUGCUAUUCUGUGGCCUAAUCUGUUUGGCGUAUAUUAGGUUGAUAAGUGUCAGAUUUAAAAAUUUUAUUUUUAUUUUAAGUCUGAUUAGUCAUUUUUGUACACUGUGGCGCUGUGAUUUAUGAAUAUAAUCUCUAUAAUGUAAUUAAUAUGUUAAAUAAUAUCUCUUGUGUUUAUCA